GCCAUAGUAUGGUGGAAUCUUUGUUUACAAUCAAUUUGCUUCAUUAGCAACAGGGAUUCAGUUUCUGAUCGUGAUCAAGCUACAAAAAUAUCAAUUCCGCCAAUAACAAAAGGGCAAACAAAAUUGGGUCCAAAUUUGUUUCCACUUUUAUUCUGUUAUAUCCUCACAGAAGUGUUUGACAUGAACAACGUAGACGACGUUAUACAAGUCAUCUCAAUCGGCCUCAUGGUCGCCGUCUUCCUUCUCAACACUAGUCGAUUUCUAAAAGCCAUCGAGUUAUGCAAGGAAUGUUUGUUCAUUCUGAAAGACAGAGCAGGCAUAAAAGACGAGAAAUUAAGCAAGUCAUUCUACAAGAGGAUAUACUUACUAAUGUGGAAGGCUUGUAAUCGCAUAUGCGAUAAUACAAGGGCCAUAAAAUAUGCAGAGAAACUUCUCCUAAUUUACCGUGAAAGUGGUGAAAGACUUAAGGAAAUGAACCUAAGCACAACAGUUGGGUGGAUGUAUCUCUGUCAAAGUAACUACAAAAAGGCAAAACAACUCAAUAAAAAAGCGCUCCUAGUCAGUAAAGAAAUUGGAAACAGAGAAAGAGAAGCUGUCUGUUACACAAACCUUGGAGUCGUGUAUCAAUCAGUUGGAGAAUAUGAGAAGGCUAGAGAACAUCUCGAGAAGUCACUUGCGAUCAGGAAAGAAAUUGGAGACAGAAAUGGAGAAGCCACCUGUUACACAGACCUUGGAGUCGUGUAUCAAUCAGUUAAAGAAUAUGAGAAGGCUAGAGAACAUCUCGAGAAGUCACUUGCGAUCCGGAAAGAAAUUGGAGACAAAAAAGGAGAAGCCACCUGUUACACAGACCUUGGAGUCGUGUAUCAAUCAGUUGGAGAAUAUGAGAACGCUAGAGAACAUCACGAGAAAUCACUUGCGACCCUUCAGCAAAUUGGAGACAGAAAUGGAGAAGCUGCCUGUUACACAAACCUCGGAGUCGUGUAUAAAUCAGUUGGAGAAUAUGAGAACGCUAGAGAACAUCUCGAGAAAUCACUUGCGAUCUGGAAAGAAAUUGGAGACAGAAAUGGAGAAGCUGCCUGUUACACAAACCUUGGAGUCGUGUAUCAAUCAGUUGGAGAAUACGAGAAGGCUAGAGAACAUCACGAGAAAUCACUUGCGAUCGGGAAAGAAAUUGGAGACAGAAAUGGAGAAGCUACCUGUUACGAAAACCUUGGAACCGUGUAUCAAUCAGUUGGAGAAUAUGAGAAGGCUAGAGAACAUCUCGAGAAAUCACUUGCGAUCAAGAAAGAAAUUGGAGACAGAAAUGGAGAAGCGACCUGUUACGUAAACCUUGGAACUGUGUAUCAAUCAGUUGGAGAAUACGAGAAGGCCAGAGAACAUCUCGAGAAAUCACUUGCGAUCCUUAAACAAAUUGGAGACAGAAAUGGAGAAGCGACCUGUUACGGAAACCUUGGAACCGUGUAUCUAGUAGUUGGAGAAUACGAGAAGGCUAGAGAACAUCUCGAGAAAUCACUUGCGAUCAGGAAAGAAAUUGGAGACAGAAAUGGAGAAGCUGCCUGUUACACAAACCUUGGAGCCGUGUAUCAAUCAGUUGGAGAAUAUGAGAAGGUUAGAGAACAUAUCGAGAAAUCACUUGCGAACCUUAAACAAAUUGGAGACAGAAAUGGAGAAGCGACCUGUUACGGAAGCCUUGGAACCUUGUAUCAAUCAGUUGGAGAAUAUGAGAAGGCUAGAGAACAUCUCGAGAAGUCCCUUUUGAUCAGUAAAGAAAUUGGAGACAGAAGUGGAGAAGCUAACUCAUACGCAUGCCUUGGAACUCUGUAUGAGAAAGUUGGCGAAUAUGAGACGGGCUCACACUACAAUGAAAAAUCCUUGUCCAUCAGCAGAGAAAUUGGAGACAGAUAUAAAGAAGCUUUGUCUUACCUAAAUGCAGGUGUUCAACUUUACUCUCUUGGAAAGUUUAGCAAGGCUAAUGAAUAUAAUAAGAAAAGUCUGGUCAUCUUCACAGACAUUGGGCUGAAAGAAGGGGUGGCCAGCUUUUACCUGAACCAAGGAAAUGUAGAGCUAGCUGUGGGUAACUCUAUCAAGGCAAAAGAAUAUUAUGAACAAGGUCUUGCAAUAAGCAAAGAAAUUGGAGACAGGAAAAAAGAAGCAACUGGAUACUUGUCGCUUGGACGUUUCUUUUAUAAGCAGUCUGAAUAUGAUAGAGGGGAAGAAUAUAUCAAGGAGGCGCUUGCAUUAAGUGAGAAGAUUGGACAUAUCGAUUUGCAGUUCCAAUCGCUCGAAAUGAUGGCACACAUUAGAAUGAAAGAAGGAAAGAUUGAGGAAGUUAUCUCGUAUUUCCUUUCUGGUAUUGAAAAAUGCGAGGAAAUGCGCGGCUCUCUCCAAGACAACGAUAAAUUAAAGAUUUCUUUCUCUGACCGCAAUAUUCAUUCCUACAGAGAUCUCACUAUGCUGCUUUGUGCAACCGGGAAUCAUAUUAAAUCUCUGUACGUUUCAGAGCUUUCAAGGGCCAGGGCUUUGGUAGAUUUAAUGUCAGCUCAGUACUCGCAGCACUCUUUGAAGAAUCAAAUCUCGACUGAUCCUCGCACAUGGGCUGGUCUUGAAAGCAUCGUGGCCAAAGAAUGUAACCGCAGCUGUCUCUACCUCUCGUAUCAUUCUGAAAGUAUAUAUUUGUGGAUUCUUAAAGCAGGUGGAGCUACACAUUUUCAGGAGAUAAAAGGAAAUGAUCUAAUUGCUAGCGAAGGAUUAAGUCAACGAGUGGAAGAGUUUUUUGAUUUCAGAAGUUUUGGCGUUUUACCAGACGAGAUUUGUGAAGACGGAUCGUUACACGUUUUUCAACCAGAAUCCAAAUCAAGCGAGGGAGAUAGCCGUGAAGUUUGGCGAAUUGGAGUGGAAACUAAAGCUAACCAAGGACCCAAAAUGAACCUUCCUAUCUGUUACAAACUUAUCAUCGCUCCAGUGGUGGACUUUCUUGAGGGUCCCGAAAUCAUUAUUGUUCCUGACCGUGCUUUAUACCGAAUUCCAUUUGCUGCCUUAACUGAAAGAGGAAAGUACUUAUCCGAGACUUUCAGGAUCCGUAUUGUUCCUUCUUUAACAACUCUCAAGCUCAUUACUGAAAGUCCAGCAGACUAUCACUAUCAGACCGGUGCGUUGAUAGUGGGAAAUCCUGAUGUUGGUGAAGUGCAUUUCAAAGGAAGACUCACGAAAAUUUCGCGACUGCCAUAUGCAGAAACCGAAACUAGGAUGAUAGCAAAAAAGCUGGGUGUCGAGCCUCUGUUAGGACAGCAAGCGACUAAAGAGGCAGUACUUCAAGCGAUGAGUUCAGUGGCUCUGAUUCAUAUCGCCGCACACGGUGAUGCAGAAAGAGGAGAAAUUGCCCUUGCGCCAUCUUUUCGUAUUCCUAACGGGAUACCUCAAGAGGAACUGUACUUAUUGACAAUGACGGACAUUUCAAACGUUCAACUGCGGGCUAAACUUGUAGUCCUUAGCUGUUGCCACAGUGCUCGAGGACAGACAAAAGCCGAGGGAGCAGUCGGAAUUUCCCGGGCAUUAUUAGGAUCUGGCGCACGUUCAGUGUUGGUGGCACUGUGGGCCCUGGAUGACAAAGCAACAGAGCAGUUAAUGACCCAUUUCUACGAUCACCUUGUUGCUGGGGAAAGUGCUGGUGAAUCUCUACACGAGGCCAUGAAGUGGAUGAGAAGUAAUGGCUAUGACGUGAACCAGUGGUCACCUUUUAUACUGAUUGGAGAUGACGUGACAUUUGAUUUUGGAACGAAUGGUGUUGGAAAGAAUGAUCAGGACGGCAGCGAGUGAUUGUGUGAGAAGUAAAAUAUGCCAUGACCUCAAUUGACAGUUUUAGUGGUAGUGCUAUAAAUUAAAUGGACGUUUAACUUUUGGUCCUUUUCUGUCUAAAAGAUUCCUCAUUUCUCUUUAGGUUACUAGGUAUUCUAGCAAAAACAUUUUUGAAACUUAAUCGGAGUCUGCAGUGCCAGCUGAGCGUUGAGCUGUAAUAACUGCUUGAACCAGUAAAACCUUAGAAAAACUUCGGUUCAUAAAGUAACUUUUGGUAUCGGUCUUUAGACUAUGACAGAAAUUGCUCUGGUCUUUGCUCCGAGGAGAAAUAAGGAGUAGGCUUCACUUAUUAACCUAAUGUUUUGCCAGCGAGACUUAUUAAAGUUUUUAAAAUUAUUGUACUUGGAAAGUUUUUACACUUAGCAGCAAUUGUAAAACUAACUUAAUUGAAGAAGUAGGAUUUUAAAACAAUGUGAGUAACAACAUGCAAUUGGUACAUUUCUGAACAAGUUUCAUGCAUACAAUCUAGGUAUUGUUAGUAUUUGCAUAUACCAGACCUUCUUUUUACAAAGUUAAAGAGCUCUGUUAUUUGAGAUUUUAUCAAGCAUUAAGGGAACUCCUAUAUAAAAAGGACCGGUGUGCUCUUCUACCUUGUAGCGGUUAUAUAAACGAGCGGUUUCGAGCCUCUUAGGGUGUUCAGCUACCCACAUGAGUUCCGCAGCUGGAGUUUCUGCAGUAGCUUUUACGGUACGUAUUUGAUAAUCAACUUUACGAGUAGAAAGUACUUGAAGCAAUCGUCUUUAACCCCAUUAAAAAUUACGAAAGUGUCAGUUAAUAUGUUGUUUUUGGAAUUGGUUCCUCUUCAGGGUAAAAAAAAUUUUACGGCACACCCACAAAAUAGGAUCUUGGUACCAUUUAGUGGUUCUUCUUUAAGAGCAUAAACAGCAUAUUUGAAUUUUUCUUGAACGCUGUGCAUGUUUACAGUUAGCUUUGUAUAUAGUGCGACUGAAAACGCUGACUUGUUGGUUAAAUUUACAUAAAGUAAUAAGAGUUAUAAGUAGAGUUACAUAAGAAAUUGUUCGCAUAACAUUUAUCACAUUUAUCUUGAACAUUUUGUCAAAUAACAAGAACUUUAAUUUCCUAUAAGCAUUCACUG